AUAUUAAUCAUUAUUAUAAAUUAGUUGUUAUUUAUUAUCUUAUUUAUUUGUCAAUAACAAUUUAAUUUGCAUUAAUAGAAAUUAAUGUAAAUACAAAUAAAUUGUAUGUUAUGUAUUAUUACUAUAUUAGGAGACGGUAGUGUCUUGAGUCAAGUUAUAUUUUUACUUAAAAAAGGCUGUGUAGCAGCGGCACACUAUGUUAGACAUUUUGGUCGUUGACUUUUAUUAGAGCAUAUAUACUUCAUGUGUAAGUCUUAUAUUUUUUUGUUGGUUUAUUUAUAAUUGAAUGUUUAUAAUAUCUGCAAAUUUUUUACUUUUUAAAUUUCUUUAGUAAACAAAUUCUCUCCUUUUUCACUUACUAAACUAGUAAAGGAAAUUACUCGUUAUUUCUCCAGACGGAGUGUUCAGUUGUUUUUCCCUCAUUACAUUUCUUCAAAGACUAAAAGUUUAUUUUCACACACAAACACAAUUUAUUUCAGUUCGCUUAGAAUACCUAAUAUAUAAUCAUCCUGGUCGUGUAUUUAAUAAUUUCCUACCAUUCGAUAGGAAAUGUGGUAGGAAACAUCUAGACAUUUUUUUCUGGUCUACGAUAUUGCAUUUUAAAGAAAUAAUGUUGCAAAAAAUGAAACCGUUGUGCAGUAGGCUUAUCUUUUUUGCGUUACUAUAGCCGCACAAUUAUUGUUACAUCACGAUUGAAGUACACAUUAGCAGUCUGUUACGAAAUGAUAGUCUGUUGAAAUAUUGAGUUCUGUUUCAACUUAUCGUACCAUGCAAAGUAUAAUAGCGAUUGAUCCAUAUUCACCUGAGUGGGGACGCAUCGCGUGGGGGAUGCUCUUGGAGAAACGCAUGCACCCUCAUUUCUUGUGCAAUCAAAGUAAAGAACAAAUAUUCUGACACUGAUCUCUGUUUAAACAUAUUUGUAAAAUUAUUUGCAAUGACAAUUCCAUCUGCUGUCAGUCCAGCGUUAAAAGUUUGCCUACAGCUUCUUGGUUUGUGGCCGGGUGAUUCUACUUCUGCUAUUUAUUUGCUGAGUUAUCUGCUGAGUAUGCUGAUUAUACAGUACUUCCAAUAUGUGUACAUACUUGAUCAUUUGAAGAUCAGCGAGUUGACAAAUCUCGUCGACUGUCUAUCUUUGGCUCUAGAUUACACUUUGACAAUAUUUAAAUUGAUCGUUCUGUGGAUACAGCGUCGAGUUUUUCAUAAAAUUGUGACUAUUAUGGAUAAUGAUUGGUGCGAAUGUACCAAAAUUGAUAAUCAUUUGCAUAUGAUGAAAAUUAAAGCAGAUAUAUCGCAUUUUGUCUCUAACAGUUUAUUGAGUUUUAAUGCGAUUAUUGCGGUACCUUAUCUCUUAGGCGAUUACAUAAUGCAUUCCGUAUUCUCAAGUGUAAAUCGCAAUAUUACUUUACGGCAGCUUCCUGUAAAGAUACAAUUUCCUUUUGACACACAACAAUCGCCUACGUAUGAUAUUCUCGUUAUGGCAUUAUUUUUACAUGUAUUUAUACACGCUGGCAUACUUGCUACUGUAAAUGGAUUAAUUUUUACAUUGGUAUUUCAUGUGAGCGGACAAAUUGAUGUAAUAUGUUAUGAAUUUACAAACAUCUCUAAAAAUACUCUUCUUCAUAAAUCUUCCGUGUCUUUAAUUGGAAUGUUGAUUAAGAGGCAUAAUAGAAUCAUUUCAUUUUCUAAGAACAUCGAAACUCUCUUCUCCCUCAUCGCGUUGAUGCAAGUAAUUUGGAAUACAUUAGUUAUUUGCUGUCUGGGACUUGUUAUAAUAGUUUCUGUUCAUAACAAUACUGGAGUUUUUGUAUUAGUAAAAACUGGUGUUGCUUAUAUAGCUAUGACGAUUGAAACCUUCGUCAUUUGUUUUGCUGGAGAAUAUCUUAGCUUGAAGAGUAAAUCAAUUGCUGAUGCAACAUAUAAAUCGCUGUGGUAUGAUAUGCCUUUACGUCAAAGUAAAAUUAUAUUAUUCAUAAUAAUGAGAUCUCAGAAGCGACUGGGCAUCCAUGCAGGGAAAAUGUUGGAUAUGUCAUUUCAAACUUUUACAAAUGUAACGUUUCACAUUUUGUUAUGGGGUAUGCCACACUCCACUACACCAUGCACAACAAAAUAUUCUGAGACUGAUCUCUAUUUUCUCAUAUUUUUAAAAUUACUUGCAAUGACAAUCCCAUCUAGUAUUAGCCCAGCGUUAAAAGUUGGCUUACAACUUCUUGGUAUGUGGCCGGGUGAUUCUACUUCUGCUAUUUAUUUGCUGAGUUUUCUGCUGAAUAUGCUGAUUGUACUGUACUUCCAAUAUGUGUACAUAUUUGAUCAUUUGAAGAUCAGCGAGUUGACGAAUCUCGUCGACAGUCUGUCUGUGGCUCUAAAUUACACUUUGACAAUAUUUAAAGUGAUCAUUCUGUGGAUACAGCGUCGAGUUUUUCAUAAAAUCCUGGCUACUAUGGAUCAUGAUUGGCGCAAAUGUAUCAAUAUCGAUAAGCAUUUGCAUAUGAUGACAAUCAAAGCAAAAGUAGCACAUUUUAUUUCUAACACUUUAUUGAGUAUGACUGCGAGUAUUGGGGUAACUUAUCUGUUAGGCGAAUAUAUAAUUCAUUCUGUAUUCUUAUCUGAAGAUUACAAUGACACUUUACGGCAGCUUCCUAUAAAAGUGCAAUUUCCUUUUGAAACUCAACAAUCACCUACGUUUGAAAUUCUUCUUGCAGUAAUAUUUGUAAAUGUUAUGAUGAACGUAUGCGUAGUCGCACUUAUAAACGGAUUAAUUUUUUCUUUGGUAUUUCAUGCAAGCGGCCAAAUUGAUAUAAUGUGUUAUGAAUUUAGAAAUAUAUCUAACAACAAGAGUACUCUUCUUCGUGAAUCUUCCGUCACUUCACUAGGAAUGCUGAUUGAGAGGCAUAAUAGAAUUAUUUCGUUUUCCAAUGAUAUCGAAACGCUAUUCUCCUUCAUUGCGUUGAUGCAGAUUGUUUGGAAUACAUUAGUUAUUUGCUGUCUAGGAUUUGUUUUAAUAAUUUCUAUUCAUACCAAAGCUGGAAUUUUCGUGUUAAUAAAAACUGCUACUGCUUACCUAGCUAUAAUGAUGGAAGCCUUCGUCAUUUGUUUUACUGGAGAAUAUCUUAGCAUGAAGAGUAAAUCAAUUACUGAUGCAACAUAUAAAAUGCCAUGGUAUAAUAUGUCUUUACAUCAAAAUAAAAUAUUAUUAUUCAUGAUAAUGAGAUCUCAGAAGCGACUGUGCAUUACAGCAGCAAAUAUGAUGGAUAUGUCAUUCGAAACUUUUACAAUUGUAAGGUUAUAAAUUUUUUGUACAUUUAAAUAAUUAUUAAAAGACAAGUUUAUUUUAUUUAUAAUUCCAAUCUGCUGAGAAAUUUAUUCUUUAGGCAUAAAUAGUGUACAUCUACUUAUUUAAUUUCUUAACUUCUUUCUUUUAGAUGAUGAAAGCGUCAGGAUCAUAUGUAUCUGUCCUGUAUGCUAUGUACUGAUACUGAAAGAAAUACAAUAUACAUUUGAUAAAUUUACAACGUAAUUAAUAUAUAAGUUAAUAAGAUAAAAUAUCAAAUAAUGAAUU